GGAGUGUCUCUACCAUGUUGUACCUCAUGGCAUUACAAGAUAUCACUAAUUGUCCUUUUAGAGUAGUUGAUGAGAUAAAUCAGGGAAUGGAUUCUAUUAAUGAGAGUUCAGUUUUCAAUCAGAUAGUCAGGACUGUAAAUCAAAGAGACACUCCACAAUACUUUGUACUUACACCAAAGUUAUUACAAGGUCUUGAUUAUUCAGAUUCAGUUACUGUUCAUAUCAUUCAUAAUGGUUUACAUAUGUCACCUGAUGUAUGGGACAAGAAGUGUUUUUUGAGCAAAAAGCUUACCUCUUGAAUUAUUUGAUUCUCCACUUUCAGGUGAUAUUACAGUAUUAUUAGGAGAGACAUCUCUUCUAGCAACUGGCAAACUUUCCGCAUUACCACUUGAG